GGCGUAGCUGCGGCUCUGGCUGCUGGGCUGGAGAGCCGAGCCGGGAAGGAUGCGGCUCCUGGGGCGGCCUGGGGGUCCCGGGGGAUCGGGGGGUCUCCGGGUGCUCCUCUGUCUGCUGUUGCUGGGCAGCCGCCCGGGAGGCUGCAACGCCAUUAGUGCCCACGGCUGUCUGUUUGAUCGCAGACUCUGCUCUCACCUUGAAGUCUGUAUUCAGGAUGGCUUGUUUGGACAGUGCCAGGUGGGAGUGGGGCAAGCCCGGCCCCUUUUGCAAGUCACAUCCCCAGUUCUUCAACGCUUACAAGAUGUGCUCCGGCAGCUCAUGUCCCAAGGACUGUCCUGGCAUGAUGACCUUACCCAGUAUGUGAUCUCCCAGGAGAUGGAGCGUAUCCCCAGGCUUCGCCCCCCAGAGCCUCAUCCAAGGGACAGAUCUGGCUUGGUGCCCAGGAGACCUGGUCCCGCUGGGGAGCUGCUUUUACAGGGCAUCCCCACUGGCUCCGCCCCAGCUCCGCAGCACCGGCUUCCUCGACCUUCCGCAGGCGGGGGUGGAGCUGGGGCGGGCUCCCCCCUGUCCCCUUUGCAGGCUGAGCUGCUGCCCUCUCUCUUGGAGCAUCUGCUGCUGCCCGCACAGCCCCCGCAUCCUGCCCUGAGUUAUGAACCUGCCCUGUUGCAGUCCUACCUGUUCCAUCAGUUUGGCUCCCGCGACGGCUCCCGGGGCUCAGAGAGCUCCCCAGGAAUGGUCAGUGUUGACCCCCUGCCCAAGGCUGAAGCCCCUGCCUUCCUCAGCCGAACUGCUUCCAAGGGCAUGUUUGGGGCUCACCCUGGCCACUCCUAUGGGGACCCCCCAGGGCCUCCACCUGCUCAGCUUUUCCAGGAGUCAGAGCUGUUCUACCUGGCCCAGGAGUCACAAGUGCCCAGCAGGGCCAGGGCACCAAGGCUGCCAGAGCCAGGGGGCAGCAGCCGGGCAGGGGACUCCUCGGAGGGCUAUGAGGAGGAAGGACUAGAAGGUCAUGGGGAGAAGCCUCCCGCCCCAGCAGAGCAGCCAGCAGAUGUGACUCUGCAGAGAGUGGCCGCUGUGCUGGCAGGCUAUGGCGUGGAGCUGCGUCAGCUGACCCCGGAGCAGCUCUCUACCCUCUCAACCCUGCUGCAGCUGCUGCCCAAGGGUGCCGGACGAAAUCCGGGAGGGGUUGUAAAUGUUGGAGCUGACGUCAAGAAAACAAUGGAGAAGCAGGUUCAGGGAGUAGACCCAGUGGAGCCUCCGCCCCCGACGCCCUCCCUGCCUGGAUCCCCCACUGGCGGUUCCACCUCCAAUAAAGCCCAGAAGGAGCUGAGCGCCGGAUCCUCUGAGUCCACCAAAGCUGCUGGGCCCCCUGCCACGCCAGUCUUGGUAGAAAAGAAAAGCCCAGUGGGCCAGAGCCAGCCCACUGCGGUGGGGCAGCCCUCCGCUCAGCCAUCAGCAGAGGAAUACGGCUACAUUGUCACCGACCAGAAGCCCCUGAGUCUGGCUGCAGGAGUGAGGCUGCUGGAGAUCCUGGCUGAGCACGUGCACAUGUCUUCGGGCAGCUUCAUCAACAUCAGUGUCGUGGGACCAGCCCUUACCUUCCGCAUCCGGCACAAUGAACAGAACCUGUCUUUGGCCGAUGUGACCCAGCAAGCCGGGUUGGUGAAGUCUGAACUGGAAGCACAGACAGGGCUCCAGAUCUUGCAGACAGGAGUGGGACAGAGGGAGGAGGCAGCCGCCGUCCUUCCCCGACCGGCCCACAGCGCUUCUCCCAUGCGGUCCGUGCUCCUUGCUCUGGUGGCCCUGGCGGGGGUGGCUGGGCUGCUCGUGGCCCUGGCAGUGGCUCUGUGUGUGCGGCAGCAUGCACGACAGCGGGACAAGGAGCGCCUGGCCGCCCUGGGACCCGAGGGGGCCCAUGGUGACACUACCUUUGAGUACCAGGAUCUAUGCCGCCAGCACAUGGCCACAAAGUCCCUGUUCAACCGGGCGGAGGGUCCGCCCGAGCCUUCUCGGGUGAGCAGUGGACCAGGUGGUGGGAGGGGCAGGGCUGGCAGUGGGAAGGCUGUGGUGUCCCUGCAGGCCUACAUGGAGGACCACCUCCGGAACAGGGACCGCCUGGCCAAGGAGUGGCAGGCCCUGUGUGCCUACCAGGCGGAGCCCAACACCUGUGCCACCGCCCAGGGCGAGGGCAACAUCAAAAAGAACCGCCACCCUGACUUCCUACCUUAUGACCACGCUCGCAUCAAGCUGAAGGUGGAGAGCAGCCCUUCUCGGAGUGAUUACAUCAAUGCCAGCCCCAUUAUUGAGCACGACCCUCGGAUGCCAGCCUACAUAGCCACACAGGGCCCGCUGUCACAUACCAUUGCAGACUUCUGGCAGAUGGUGUGGGAGAGUGGCUGCACUGUCAUCGUCAUGCUGACCCCACUGGUGGAGGAUGGUGUCAAGCAGUGUGAUCGCUACUGGCCGGAUGAGGGUUCCUCCCUCUACCACGUAUAUGAGGUGAACCUGGUGUCGGAGCACAUCUGGUGCGAGGACUUCCUGGUGCGGAGCUUCUACCUGAAGAACGUGCAGACCCAGGAGACGCGCACGCUCACGCAGUUCCACUUCCUCAGCUGGCCGGCAGAGGGCACCCCGGCCUCCACCCGGCCCCUCCUGGAUUUCCGCAGGAAGGUGAACAAGUGCUACCGGGGCCGCUCCUGCCCCAUCAUUGUGCACUGCAGCGACGGUGCCGGGAGGACGGGCACCUACAUCCUCAUCGACAUGGUCCUGAACCGCAUGGCCAAAGGAGUGAAGGAGAUUGACAUCGCUGCCACCCUGGAGCAUGUCCGUGACCAGCGGCCUGGCCUUGUUCGCUCAAAGGACCAGUUUGAGUUUGCCCUGACAGCUGUGGCAGAGGAGGUAAAUGCCAUCCUCAAGGCCUUGCCCCAGUGAGAUCCCUGGGGCCCCUCGGUGGGCAGCCCGGCCUCCACUCCCUCCUUGCCUGUGUGAGCAUCUAUCUGCGCACUCGCUCUCACCGCCACUCCCGCCACCUGGGCCCCUCCUGGGCAUGUCAGGCCCUUCCAAGAGGAGUGUGUAAGGAAGGGGAAGCCAGAGGGGGCAUACAGGAACCCCGGGUGUCCCCUGGGGGAGCUGGCAGCCGGUCAGAAGGAAAGUCAUGAGCACCAAAUUCUACCACAGUCUCCUCCUGUCCAAGUUCCCUGACCCCUAUUUCCCACCACUCUGGAUGCUCCUAAUAUGUCUGUGUGGAUGCCCUCCGCCCUCCAGUGGGGCUAGAAUGGGGCAGAGGGGCCACCAUGCCCAGACUGUCCUGCUCUCCUAGCCCCUGCUACCCGCUGUCCUGCCUCCACGACUCACACUGUGGCCCUUGCCCCUCCUGCCCCCUCCCCUCACCCUUCCGCCACGUGCCACUCAACUCGCUCCCCCUGGCACAAGAGAACAUUUCUGGAAAAAUCUACUUUUGUAUCAAUGUGAAUAAAGUUAGUGUGUGUGUGUGCAGCUGCAA